CUUCAUCAUGUCUCAGGCACCACGGCCUGAUGGACCGGCUCUUCCAUCACCACCAUCGCCACAAGGAAACCCAGGACCAGAAUCUGAACCAGGACCAGCCGGUCCAGCAAGACAUGGCGAGAAAGGAAGAGCAGGACUUGAGCAGGGGUGAAAAUAACCUGAACGACAACGUCAACACCAUGGACCAGAAUCCACACCCGGAUCCCAUGAAAGAAGGCGAGAUGGACAAAGUCCGCGAUUACCUGCGCAAGGACGAGGAGCUGGAGGAAGAAGGACGGACUUAUGGCGGAUUGAUGUAAGAAUUCAUCAGUGAAUAAGCCAUUAUAGAGUACACCAUGGAAAGAAGAAGAAAAAUAGGCUAGUGAGGUUAACUGUUCUGGAGAUAGGUACUAUCUUCGUAUAUAGUGGGAGGCUCAUUAUGCGAUGGUCUUGACUAGUUAUAAUCAAUAAUAAUG